AUGGAAUUAAAGUCAAAUUUUCCCAAAAGAAAAAGAAAGAAAAAAAUAUUCGAGCAUAAUUAUUAUGAAGAGUAUGAAAGAGAGUAUGAGAAGUAUGAUUCAGAAGAUAGGUCAUUAGCUUCUGAAGACGAUAGAUACUAUUUGAAUUAUCAACCUGAACGAGACUAUGAUUACUAA